AUUUAUCCCCCUGGCGAGAAGUGUGCGACAUUUCAUAUUGAUGGUUUUUUAAUCGAAAGUUUUCUAUAAUUUAAGAAAAACUAUACUAACUCGUAUCAUAUGUGUAGUUAAUGGUUUAACCCUUUUUGGUUAGGUUAGAUUUAUUCUAAAGAGAAAGAAUUAAUAAUAGACAAAAUAUUUAAAAAGUGACUAUCGUCAUUGAACCAUGACGGAUGUUUACUAUAACAGGACAAUAUUUGUAUGCACAAGCUUAAGUAUCCUGUAAAAUGGAUGUAUAUAAUUGUUAUCAUCUUACAAGAUUUUAUUUCCAAGUCAUUAUAUGGACCUCAUUUAUCUUUACAGCAGAAAGUGCGUGUACGUUUCCAUCAUAUUUGAUUGGUCAAUGGACCGAUGUAAAAAAGAAUGCUACCAUUACAUUCCAGACAACAUCUUCAAAGUUGACAGGGUGGCAUGCUCUAAUUACGGGUGAAGACUUUCACGGUCAAACAUGUAUCCACAACACCGGCAACGUCUUUGUUUUUGAAGGAGACAGCACUGUUUUUUACCCAUCUUUGGGAACCUUAAAGUACUACAUGUGUAUGAAGAUUACAAGAGUAUCUGAUGAUGUUCUAUAUUACUACCUACUGGCAGACAAAAACGGUGUUGCAAAUAAUGAAAGAAUUUACACAGCGAACAGAGCACCAGAUGUUAGCUCUACUCCGACAUGCGAUUAUUGUCAGUUUACACAGACGAUACCUGAUGCAGAUCGUCGUGAAUUAAGAAAAUUGGGUACAAGUGAGACGUUGACCGCAACUCCUUCUCUUUGCCUACCAUGUGAAGCAACGUGCGACGAGACUACAAUUGUUAACGCAUCAGCACUAGGACCGUCCUCCUCACUUGCAGUAGUGACGACAAUGAACCCUUCAACUAUACAAUUAACACAAGAAACAUCAAAUCCUAUAAUAUCACAACAUUUCACCACAGAUAUUAUAACAACAACAACUUUAACACCCGCAUCGUUAAAACAGACAACAAACGGAGCAGAAAGUGCAUGCACAUUUCCAUCUUAUUUGAUUGGGCAAUGGACUGAUACGACCAAAGGUGUAAACAUAACAUUCCAAUCAACAACUGCAAAGCUAACCGGAUGGACUGCUAAAGUUACAGGCGAAACGUUUGACGGUCAAACAUGUAUCCACAACACCGGAGACGUCUUUGUUUUUGAAGGAGACGAUACCUAUCAUAUACCAUUUUCGGAUAAAUUAAAGUACUUUAUGUGUAUGAAGAUUACUAAGAUAUCUGAUGAUGUUCUAUAUUACUACCUACUGGCAGAUAAAAAUAGUGAUGCAAAUAAUGAAAGAAUUUACACACCUAACCCAGCACCAGAUGACAGCACUACCCCGACAUGCAACUAUUGCCAGUUUACCUCGCCAAUACCUGACAUCGACUUUCGGGAACUACGAAAAUUAGGAACAAUUGAGACAAUAACUUCUACCCCCGUCCUUUGUUUACCAUGUGAAUCGAAGUGUGAGGAGACUACCUCUUCGUCGCCAACAACAAUAGUACCGUCAUCAGCAGCUAUUACAACGACAGAAGAAGCCACGACAAAACAUUCCUCAUUACUACAAACAACAACGGAACCAUCGUCUUCUGAAAAAGCAUUGUCACGUACAACAGACAUAAUAACACAGUAUACAACAGGAGAAACACCAUCACGUGAUAUACAACAGACAACAACGGAUUUAUCAAAAUUACAAAUCAGUACGACAGAGGACAGAACGACAGAGACAUCGACAACUAUAAAAACAACACAAACAGCAUCAGUAACAGAGGUGAAAACAUCUCAAACAACGUCGAAAUUGACUACAAAUAUUGUGAUAUCAGACACUACAACAACAGACAUUAUUUCAACUACAACUACAUCACAUAUUUUAACAACACCAUCAAAAGUUGUUGUUGCAUCGAAAGAUAUCUCAACAUCAACUGAUGAGUCUAUUUUGACAACACAACAAGAAAAACCUACAACUACUGCUAAAUCGUCCGGAACAGGAUCGAUAGUUGACAACAAUACUGAAGGAUUGAGUGAAUCCAGCAUUUUACUCAUAACAGCAAGCAGUAUAUCUGGUGUUUUGUUAGGUCUAGCUAUUAUAACUCUAGGUUUAUGUUUAAUUCGCCAUAAAAGUAAAAUAGCGAAAGGUCGUUCGGCCCAACAACAACAUCAUCAUCAUCAUCAUAGAGACAGAACUCGGGACUAUUUCAAUCCACUUUGAGUUCGAAAUUUUUGGAGAACUUACUUACACAUUGCAAAGACAAUCUGACGGAAAACGUUUUUGAAAAAGAAAAGGAUUGUGGGCAUUAAUCAGCACAUGAUCAAUAUCAUGAUCAACAAAUCAAAUGUACAGCACUGUUCCUCUGCAAAUAAAUUUUCAUUUAUCGAGAAAAAAUAAUUCUAAACUAACGUUUUGAAUGUAAAUGUGUUUACCUUAAUUCAAUAAUUCAAUCAUAUUUUAAUAUGAUAAUAGGAAUAAAAAAAAACCAGUAUAUUGAUUAAUGAUGAAUUAGUAGAAACGACAUUAAAGUUGAAAAUGUGUAAUAUUUAUAUACAAACAAUUUUAAAGAAUUUCACUUGUGCCAAAUAUGUUUAUUGAAUAAAUUAUUAUUGUUU